GAGUCAGUGGAACUGGUCAAGGGGCAAAGGUUGUUCCGAGUGUGACGAGUUGUAGGUUGCGGAGUGAGGCCAAAAUGUACCGUCGUAGUGGGCUCCUGGUGUGGGAAAUAAUGAGGACGGCAGUAGGUCAUGUCCCGGGUUGUCCUGCUGGCCUGAGAGCAGCUUGUACCGCGGAGGGUAAGGACGCCCACAGCCGCCCUGCAUUUGCUCCGUGUGAGGCCCAGGCCGUCCAUCGCCGCGCCGCGUUUAGCCCAGACCUGAACAGUUUUGUUUCUCGGACUCAUACUUGUGGAGAGCUUUGUGCUGCUCAUAUUGGUCAGGAGGUUAGACUCUGUGGCUGGAUUCAGUAUCAAAGACAGGGCCUCUUUAUAAUCCUAAGAGAUUUUGAUGGAUUAACUCAAGUUGUUAUACCACAGGAGGAGUCCACUGAACACUUGAAGAAGAUGCUUUGCGACCUUCCUCUUGAAUCUGUAAUAGCUGUCACUGGAACAGUGAUUCCCAGGCCACCAGGACAAGCUAAUCUGGAGAUGUCGACAGGUAAAAUUGAAGUGAGGCUGCAGCAUGCUGAGCUACUAAACAGAUGCAGAAAGUUACCCUUUGAAACCAAGGAGCUUGCAAAGAAGUCAGAAGUAUUACGUAUGCAACACCGGUACUUGGACCUGAGAAGUUCCCAGAUGCAGUACAACUUGCGACUACGUUCCCAGAUGGUCAUGAGAAUGCGGGAGUAUCUCUGUAAUUUACAUGGUUUUGUAGACGUUGAGACACCAACAUUAUUUAAGAGAACACCUGGAGGAGCAAAGGAAUUUGUGGUACCUUCGAGGGAGCCAGGAAAGUUUUAUAGUCUCCCACAAAGCCCUCAGCAAUUCAAGCAGUUACUGAUGGUUGGAGGACUGGAUAGGUACUUUCAGGUGGCACGUUGUUAUAGAGAUGAGGGUUCAAAGCCAGACCGGCAACCCGAGUUUACCCAGAUCGACAUUGAGAUGUCUUUUGUAGACCAGGUGGGGAUUCGGAAGCUGGUUGAAGGAUUACUAGAGUACUCCUGGCCAGAAGAGAAAGGACCCAUUGCUACACCUUUUCCAUCCAUGACAUAUCAGGAAGCCAUUGACAACUAUGGCAUUGAUAAACCCGAUACUCGAUUUGGAAUGAAGAUUAUUGACGUCAGUGAAGUGUUUAGAAAUACAGAGAUUUCCUUUUUGUGUGAUGCACUCUCCCAAACCUGUGGUGUUGUACGGGCAAUCUCAAUCACAGAAGGGGUGAAACUUUUGAAAAAGAAGGAUUUGGAAGAUCUCAAGAAGUUGGCAAACACCCAGUUUAAUCAGGACCUAACAUUUUUUGCACUGCAUUCUGAUGGGACAUGGAAAUCUCCAUUUGCCAAAUUCCUUACGAAUGUGGAACGAUCUCAGCUAUGUCACGCAACAAAUCUCCAUAAUGAUGAUGUUCUGAUACUUGCCACAGGUGAUCAAGCAAAAGUAAGUGCUACAUUAGGGAAGUUACGGCUAGAAUGUGCCAACAUACUGGAGUCUAGAGGUAUUGCCGUCCGAGAUCCAGAUAUGUUCAAUUUCCUCUGGGUUCUUGACUUCCCAUUGUUUCUACCAAAAGAAGAGAGACCUGAAGAGUAUGAAUCUGCACAUCACCCCUUCACAGCUCCUAACCCAGAUGAUGCCCAUCUCAUUUACACAGAGCCUGACAAGGUAAGGAGUCAACAUUAUGAUCUGGUACUGAAUGGCAAUGAAAUAGGAGGAGGCUCCAUUAGAAUACAUAAUAUGGAAUUGCAGCGUUAUGUACUGGAAUCAAUAUUAAAGGAAGACAGUGGAUUAUUACAACAUCUACUGAAGGCAUUAGAUUCUGGUGCACCGCCCCAUGGAGGGAUUGCAUUGGGCUUGGACAGACUGAUAGCUCUUACAGUUGGAGCUUCGACCAUCAGGGAUGUGAUUGCCUUUCCUAAAUCCUUCAGAGGACAUGAUCUAAUGAGUAAUGCUCCAGACUCUGUGAGUCCUGAAGAACUAAGUCCAUAUCAUAUUCAGGUCAAUUGGCCAGCAGAAACCCACAAAGACAGAACCAACUCAUGAGUUACAGCACUGAUCAUUUCCCAAGACAAAAGCAACAGCAGCCAAAGGAUUUGGACUAUAUAAGUUUGUAUCAUUACCAGAACCAAUGAGGGUUGGUAUGUCUGAACUUCCCUGCUGUGGCAUUGAACAUUUUCCAAUAUCUCAUGCACACUUCUAUCAAAUCAUGACAAUUUAUUCACUAAAACCGCUUUUUCUUCAAGUAAUAAGGUAAAUUACAUUCAGGAUAAAACAAAGUUGUCUUAUAAUUUAUUGGGUUCAUCCAAAUUAGAGUAGGGGAAGAGGAAGAAGCAACGUCUUUGCCGUGCAGAGCUCCCUAUAGAAUCCCUUGUGCCAGGGCAGCUGUUACAAGUAGUAUUGUAGAUAAUAUAGUGAAACGGCAGAAGUCACACUCUCUGUGGUUUAGGUUCAAGCAUAGAUCAAGGUUGGCCCAUGAUUUUGCUAAGUAUAUCAAUCCCAAAGCUGUGGGAUCACCAGAUCACCCAAAAUGUGAGGGUAAUGAAAGAGCCUCAACUCCAUCACUCCCAGAGUUCUUCCUCAGCCCUGAUUUUCUGUGAAUUGUUGUGGUGCACUAAUAGGUGAUAGAAAAGGAGUUGAGCUUUUGCAGAAUUCCGGGCAUCUAUUUUGUAAUGUUGACAGUUAACUGCUAAAUUGUCAAUGCCAUUUGGGAAUGGAACAAGGAAUCUUAAGUCCAAAGUACAAGCCUCACCAAAUCUCAAACCUUACUGAACCUGGGACCACACUGAAAGAAAUCAGUAAACUAGAGGCAGGGGCCCAUUCACUUAUUGGCAUUGGAAAAUACAGUCAUAUAUUUAAUGGUCCAAGAGGUUCUACUCUGCUUUCAAUUCUGUACUUGUGCUACAUUGAUAUUUUGUGAUCUGUAAUGUUUUGCAAAUAAUACCAUAAAACAGAAAUGGUCAGCUGACUAUAAAAUACUGCAACACAGAAUGUUAAUUGAAACAUUUUCAAAGGGUAGUGGUGAAAGUAAAAUAGUUAAUACCACAUUGCCCUAAGCAGCAACAAUAAACACACAAAAAUCCAUAUGAAAUGUUGAACUCAGCAGGCCAGGCAGCCUCGGCCCAAAACGUUGUCUGUUUAACUCUUUUCCAUAGAUGCUGACUGGCUUGCUGAAUUCCUUCAGCAUUUUGUUUGUGUUUUUUGAUUGCCAGAUUUUCUCUUGUUUGUGAUUACACGGAAAUCCAUUGGUUUUGGGAUUUUCUGAGGAUGCACCCAUGAAAACAUUGAAUCCAUUACUGCACAAGAGGUUAAGCAACUUGCCACAGCUACACUGUCUCCAAGGCAGUGUGGCCUUAGGCUGUUCCUGCGGAUUGGGUUCAAUUUUCAGUCCAUUUCGCAGAAGUGGAAGACGUCUUUGUGUGAAUUUUUCGUAAAGUGAGAUGGUUAAUGCAUAGGUCUUGACAAGGAAAAUUGAUGAUUGAGUGCAUUACCUCUGAAGUGAGUUGUACCUUCUUUAUUUGUCCUCCAACUCGCAGUAGUCCCUCAGAGUCAGGAAAGGGACAGAGUUACUAAGGGGACUUAGUUUUGGGAGAGGUUCCUGGUUGUGUAAACCUGUCUUAGAACAACAACAUAGAUUCUAACCUUUGCCAAUUCAGUUGCUGAGCACUGAGAGGUUGUUUACAAAUGUGCCAACCAUUGCAAAGGCUGUCUUUGGCUGCUACUCUAAUAGAAUGAGUAAUAUGUGAGAGCUAGGCAUUUGCUCUGGUAACUCAACUUCCAGCUUAAAAAAACACUCGAAGUGUGUUCUGCCAAUUUGGAGAAGUGAUAAAUGGGUUAUGUUGUUCUACACUUGAGGACAUUUUUCUACAUCUGCCUCAAGGUCAGCUAAGUCAAAAUUUGUUCCUGGUGGGGAUCAGCUAAAAAUGUUGGGCGUUAAUGUUAACUAUAAGGAGAGGAUGAGCUGAUAAGUUUUGAGCCACUUUGUGGCAUGAUCAGCCAGGUUGAGAUCAGUAGGAACACAGUUCCAUUGGCUUCUCUGAGUUGAUCGUCUGAUACGUUGGAUCCUAUUAUGUACAUAAACAUAGAAUCAGUGGUUCCAUUUAAUAUCAGAGAAUGUAGGCAAUAUACAACCUGAAAUUCUCACUCUCCGCAGACACCCUCGAAACAGAUGAAAAAGGCCUCAAAGAAUGAAUGACAGAGUAAAAGGAAGAGCCCCCGCCACCUUCUAUGCACAAACACAUCAACCCUCCCCCCACUUACUCUAGCAUAAAGCAUCAGCAUUCCUACCACCCAUCAUGCCAGCAUCAGCAAAGCCCCUAAAGAGAGAUCAUGGUCUACAGUACAUCAAAAACUAACUGUCCAUUCCAACAUCCCGCAGGUUCUCUCCCUAACAAGGAAGAGACAGGUAUUGCUGUUUCCACAGCAAGAGGGGAGACCAACAGCUUGUCUCUUUGUUUCAUCAAAUGUAAAAUAGAGCACAACCUUGCUGUCAGUAAAGAACUUGAUGCCAUCUAGUUCUGUGUCCAGCUCUUUGAUUAUCAUCUCUGCCAUCUCAGAAUCAGGUUUAAUGUCACCACCAUAUAUCAUGAAAUUUGUUAACUUUGCUGCAGCAGUGUAAUGCAAUACAUGAUAAUAUAGAAAAAUAAACUGAAUUACAGUAAAUAUAUAAUAGUUAAAUAAGUAGUGCAAAACAAGCAGUGAAAUUAAUAAAAAAAACUAGAACAGCAGCACCAAGUUCAAGUUUUGGUUUGGUGAGAUCUAGUUUGGGAGCAAACUUUGACUUUCCAGGAUAAAUCUAACUAAUCCAUCUUCACUGUAUCUAUCAUCAUCUGUGACCUUCGGGUACGCAACAGCAGCAAUAGUUUUAAUUAACGCAUUACAGAAUGCAGACAUCUUUGUUUUGGGCAUCAGAUGGUGGAAUUGCAUGUAGGUUCUUGGAAUU